AUGACUGAGACAGAAAAGAGCCUGAAGCUGAAACGGAGAGGUGCUAAGGCCAGGUUUACACGGUUCGGGAACGCCUUGGAGUUCUUGGUACAGGAGAGUCGUCCACAUGAUGAGAUAACCAAGGCAGAAAAGGACUAUGAACAGGCCUACACAGAUCUUCAGGUUAAACAUGAAGCUCUAACCGAAAUCAUCGAAGAUGAUGCUGUAUUUGAGGAAGAGGAGAAGUAUAUAGACGAAUGUCAGAGAGUAUUUCUGAGGCUGAAGGUCAGAGUUAAGGACCUUGUUGGAGAGACAGCUGCGGCUAGUCAUGAUCAGCCUACAGAUGCAGAGAACCCUUCUCCUGUAGAUACAUAUAGCAGUCAAGUACAGAGACCAGUGAUGAGAGCAGAGUCGUCUUGUUUCAAGAUGGAGAGACCCAAACUACCGAAAUUCAGUGGGGACAUACGAGAAUAUCACGCUUUUAAAGCUGAUUUUCAACAUGUGGUUCACCGGCAGUAUGAAGGUAGAGAUGCCCUUAUGAUACUCAGAUCAUGUUUGAUUGGAAAGCCUCUGCAGAAUAUUCAGGGAUUGGGGCAUGAUUAUGAAGCAGCUUGGAGACAACUGGAUCUACACUACGGUGAUCCUAGGAUGGUCGCAGAUGUUGUUGUUAACGACAUCUCCAAGAUGAAGCCCUUGAAGCCAGAAGAGGAUGAUAGGUUUUGCAGUUUCGUCAACCUAAUUCGCAGAAGCUUCAACUCUUUGAACGAGAUAGGAAGGGCCAAUGAUAUGAACAACAAUCAUAUGUUGGCUCUCAUCGAGAGAAAGAUGUGUAUCGAUGACCGAAGGAUGUGGUUUCGCAGCCAAGAAGAAGGCAGGUUACCAACUAUGGAUUCUCUCUUGCAAUGGAUGGAAAUAGAGUUGAAGGCUAGACUCGGAUCAUCAGCACCAGUUGAUGCAAGAGCCAGUGGUGCUGUUAAUGAGAUAUCGACAACACCAGCAAGGACGGAGUACCAAUGUUGGAUGUGUAAAUCCAAUGAUGGCCAUUGGACUGACCAAUGUAAGAAGUUUGUGUCCAAGUCUCAGGAAGAACGAGUGCAGCUGGUAAAAGACAACUAUGCUUGCUUUAGUUGUUUGAAGAAAGCAAGCCAGGAACAUAGAAUGUCUACAUGCAACAGAAAGAGACGCUGCACAGAGACUAUUGAUGGAGACCAGUUGGUGGAGUCGAUGCUACCGAUACUGAUAGGUGAAGCCAUCGGGCAAGAUGAUGUUAAGAAGAGAUGUAAUGUUUUGCUGGACUCUGGAUCUCAGAUUUCGCUGGUCAAACAGUCUUUUGCCAAUGAUCUACAAUUGCAAGGAAAGAGGACAUCAAUCUCCAUUACGAAGCUAGGUGGAGCAGCAGAAGAACUUGAGACUUGCAUGUACAAAGUGCCAGUGAAAGCAUUGGGUAAGAAAGGCAAAGUUCAUAUGGUUUCUGCUAUUGGGUUGCCAUGUAUAAACGACGACAUAGCAGAAGUGAAGAUUGACGCCAUAGCCCAGCAGUUCACUCUGAAGAAGAAAGAUCUUCGUAGAGGAAGUGGACCUGUUGAUCUGCUUAUUGGAGUUGACCACAACAAGUUUCAUGGAGGAGAGACAAGAGAAGGGGAGCGUUACACUGCUAGAUGUUAUCCUCUCGGAUGGGUCGUUUUUGGAUCUUCACCAAAUCAGAUAGCCUCGUCUGGUAGAGUGUUCCAUGUCCAGUUAAUCAAACCAGUGGACAUGUCCAGCUUUGGGAGCACAGAGACGAUGGGAGUUAGAGGUGGUAGCUGCAAAUGUAGCUCUGCAGGAAUGACGAAGCCAGCUUCCCGAGACCUCACAGACAACGAGUGGCAAGCAGAAAGGAAGUUGCAAUGUUUCGAGAAGAGACUGCUCAAGAAUCCAGAGCAUAGUCGAGCAUACCAAACUCAGAUGACCAGAAUGGUAGAGAUGGGGUUUGCUCGCAAUCUAACUGAGAAGGAGAUUGAGUGUAAAGGCCCAGUGCAUCACAUCUUGCACCAUGCAGUCGUGAGACCUGAACAGAAGAGCACCCAUGCAGUGCGCUUUGACUUCAACUCAUCGUCAAAGUUUCAAGGGCACGGUCUCAACGACUAUUGGUAUAAGGGACUAGAAUUGCUGAUCUCACUGUUUGGAGUUCUGAUGAGAUUUUGGGAGAACCUCAUUGCCGUUGCGUCUACUAUGGCACAGAUUGCUUUGAGACAGACUGCAGAAGAAGCAGAGAAUAUGCAACCCCAGGCUGCCUGUGUGUUAAAGGAGAAUACAUAUAUGGAUGACAUAUGUAUCUCAGUUCAAACUGAAGAUGAGGCAAGAAAGCUGACCAGAGAAGUAGAUGAGGUGUUAGCAGAAGGAGGUUUUGGGGUGAACGGAUGGAUGUCUAACAGACCACUGAAAGAGAAUGACAACACAUUAUGUACAGAUGAAAUCAACCUCUUGAAAACACUUUCAGAGAAGAAAGUGUUGGGAAUCGCUCGGAACCAAGAAAAGGGCUCGUUCACCACUAAUAAGGUGAACUUGGAUGGAAGGAGAGAUAAUGCAACUCUAACAAAGAGAGAGUUUCUAAGCAACACAGCUCGCCUCUUCGAUCCGAUAGGAUUUGCUGCUGCUUUCCUUUUGCGAACUAAGACCAGGAUGCAAAGACUGUGGCAAUUAGGCCUAGGAUGGGAUGAGGUGCUUCCGCAUGAUGAAAAGAUGAAAUGGGUGUCCUUCUUCAAAGAGACUAAGAAUCUGAGACACCGUUCUGAGUUCGGCGUAUCGUCCGAAGCUUCCAGGAAGAGCUGGACGCGUGAUGUAAUGUAUGAGUUGACUUUGUUGUAA